CUACAGCAAAGAUAUUCAAAUAAAAAUUUGUCUAGCUUAAGAGUACUCUCCUGUGUUAAGCAGGGUACCGUGUUGAAGGUUGCAGAGGAAGUGUGUAUUUAUUUUCUAUUUUCUACUAUAAUAAAUUACCACAAGGUUAAUGACUUAAAAAUACAAAAUUUUAAUAUUGAGUUCUGGGCCCUCACGUGCCAAAAGCCACCUGGUGUGGCAACUGCACACCACUCUUCAUCCUACUGCGUGGAUCCUCUGCAUGUGCUUUUGGGAGAUGAGCUCACUGAAAUGGCCAUGUCCAGUCAAGGACACUUUGAGGGAAAUUUUGAGUCUCUGGAUCUUGCAGAAUUUGCUCAAAAUCAGCCAUGGGGGAAUAAGAUGUUUGGACAGGAAUCUGGAUCUCUGGCUAAAAAGUAUCCCGUGGCAACCCAGCUGUUAAUUGGAAGCUUCACUAGAUGAUGCAUGGAGUUCAUAUUCCAAAAGGGAAAAUUGGCUGCAACAGCUGUGGGGGGUGAAUUUUUUCUCCUUCAGCUUGCAAGUCAUACUGAGUACAUCAACGAUGACUGGCAACAACUGGAGGAGGACAUGAAGAAAGCAAAAGAAAAGCUGAAGAUCCAUAAAAGCAAUGAGAUACCUACUGAGGUCAAGAGCAAAGCUGAGGAGGUGGUGUCAUUUGUGAAGAAGAAUGUUCUAAUGACUGGGGAAAUUUUCAGAGGUCUUCUGCUUGGCAUGGCAUCAUAAGGAGGAUGACCUCAUUUCUAUUGUUCUUGUUUUUUUUCCCAGCCACCAGCCUCUAUACUCCAUCAUAGGGCAUAGAGCCCUGCCUCUUCUUUUCCGAUGACUUCCUCCCUGCUGUGGCAAAUCCAAAUGGCUUUGGGAAGCAUCUGUUGGUAUAAGUUAAUAUGGUCCUACCUUGAGCUUGGUGGUGGCAGAAGAGACAAUAGAUAUUAGUUCUCCUUCCAGUCACUAUUAAAGAUAUGCUUUACUCAGAAAAAAAAAGGAAAAAAAAAGCUCUGGAUGCCAAAAGUUUGAAAUGAGUGUUACUGGGCUAAAAUUAAGAUAUUGGCGUGCCUUUUCUACGUUCCUUGGAUUGUAGAACUCUGCCUACAUUCCUUGGAUCACAGCCUUCUUCCUCUAUUUUCAAGCCAGUAGCAUUGGGCUGAGUCUUCCUCACACUUCCAUCUCCCUUGUUCUCUCUUCUGUUUCCCUCUGCUACUGUUAAUAAGCAUUGUAUUUACAUUGGGCACACCUGUAUAACUCAGGACAUUCUCCCUAAUUUCAGACCAGGUGAAUAGAAGCCUUUAUUUUAUCUACCACCUUAAUUUCUCUUUGCCGAAUGUAUUCACUGGUUCCAGAGAUUUGAGCAUGGACAUCUUUGACUGGCUAUUAUUUUGAGCGGAAGGUCAAAGAGAGGACAGGUGUUAGUAGUCUGUGGAAAAAGCAGUAUCUAGGAAAUAUUUGGUACAGGAGUGAGGGAGCCUUAAGAGAUUGGUAGAUUGAGGGAAGAACUUGAUAGAAAGUAAGAAUCUUAAAGCUAUAUGAGGUGAGGGAUAGCCAAGAAAGGUCUUAGCACAGUGAUACUCAAUGUGGGGUUGGGAUGAGGGCACUGUAUUCCCACAAGGCAGCAUAUGAGUCUUAGAGGGUAGGUUAGUGGUCUGAAAUUAAAACAGUAUUUUUUAUAGUCCUAGAAUUUGUUUUUGUCAUAUUUAAUGGCAUUUGAAUUUAAAAAAUUGAAAAAUGUAUAACACUUUAUACUUUUCACAGAAAGAGAUAGGUUUUGGAAGAGUAGAGAAACACUAACUGAUAAGUUGAUCAGGGAGAUAGGAUCAGAAAUAAAUACGUAAGGCUGGAGUUUGAAAAGAGAGGCGACAUUUCUUCUUCUGACCCAGGAGAGUGAGCGAAUGACUGGCUGGGUAAAAGUUUGGAUGGACUUUGGUAAUAAACGGAUUCAGAAGCAGGUGUGCUGCAGUAUGCAAGUUCUUUGACUAGAAAACUCUUGAUUUUGGCCUGAUGCAGCGACUCACGCCUGUAAUUCCAGCACUCUGGGAGCCCAAGUGGGUGGAUCACCUGAGGUCAGGUGUUCAGGACCAGCCUGACCAACAUGGAGAAACCCCGUCUCUACUAAAAAUAAAAAAAAAAUUAGCUGGGCAUGGUGGCGCCUGCUUGUAAUCCCAGCUACUCAGGAGGCUGAUGCAGGAGAAUCACUUGAACCUGGGAGGCAGAGGUUGCAGUGAGCCGAGACUGCACCAUUCCACUCAGCCUGGGCAACAAGAGUGAAACUCUGUCUCAAAAAAAAGAAAAGGAAAGAAAAAAAGAAAGAAAAAGAAAAAGAAAGAAAGAAAGAAAAGAAAAAAAGAAACUCUUUAUUCUUCCAAUCCUAUCAUAUCCCAUCUCUUUUUGUGAAUAAACUGAUUUUGAUGAAUAGUAAAAUAAUUAAGAGCCACUGCCUUAAUCAUUCUAGACAGUAAAAAUAAAUAACUUCUCUCACUGAUGGAUGAUUCCAGAGCUUUAUCUAAAUUCUGUGGAAUGGUUGAAAAUUGCAGAAUAAUUUUUUUCCUGAGGUUCUUUUUUUUUUUUUUUCGAGACAGAGUCUCGCCCUGUUGCCCAGGCUGGAGUGCAAUGGCACGAUCUUGGCUGACUGCAAUCUCCACCUCCUGGGUUGAAGUGAUUCUCCUGCCUCAGCCUCCCAAGUAGCUGGGAUUACAGGCACCCGCCACCACGCCUGGCUAAUUUUUUGUAUCUUUAGUGGAGAUGGGGUUGGCCAGACUGGUCUCAAACUCCUGACCUUGUGAUCCUCCCACCUUCGCUUCCCAAAGUGCUAGGAUUACAGGUGUGAGCCACCGCACCUGGCUCUUCCUUGAGGUUCUUACUCAGAGUUGUAGUUUCAGUUAUGUUUAUGUCAGGUGUGUUCACAUAUUUGGAAGAAUAUGAAUCCUUACUUGUUAUCUGACAUCUUAUCUCUAAGAGAUAAAUUUUAUCUCUAAGAGAUAAAAAUUUCUAUACAUUUUUAAGACAACAUUGAAAGUUGAAAAAAAUCAUGUCCUGAAAAUUCAGUUUGAGAAAUUUUUACUCUUUUUUCCUAGUGUUAAAUUUUCCCUACACCGGUAUAUUCCCUGGAAAUUGCUAUAGGCAUUUUUUUUUUCAAAAGGUAGACACAGCUUCAGGGAUGUGUGGAAACACUACACAAUAACUACUGGAUAUGACUUUAUGGGCUUCUGGAUUUAGCAUUCCUUUCUAAUAGAGAAAUAUGAAUAUUAUUUUUUUCUCCUUGCUCAUCAAAUAUAGCACAUUAUAUAGUUCUUAAAUUUUACUCUAGUCCAUGCCUGUGGGGAUUUCAAACCUAGAUAAGUACAAAGGAGCUGGAAUUGCAAAAAUUGUGUCAGUAAAGAGGUAUACUGUGUGUAGUUUGCUGGUAUGUUUUGCCAAAGUAGAAUAUUGAAAAUUAUUAUAUCUAUGUACUGAGUUUGGUUACUACAUACUAUUGGAAAAUUUUAUAUUGUUAUACAAUCACUUAAUUAAGCUUAUAAUUUCCGAAAGAUAAACAAGAGCUCAUAAACUAUGUUUUGGGUUAUUAGAUUAGGAAUGUUUACACUUGUAUCCCCAGGGCUUUGUGCCUUGAAUUUUCUUUAAAGAGAGGAAAGUCUUGGCUGAGGCUGACUUUCUGUGGAGAAAGACUUGUGAAAUGCAAAUGGUUUUCAUCCAUCCAAAAUCUCAUUAUCUCAAGGCUCAAUUUGGGAAAAACUUGCUUCCAAACUCAUUCACUUUGCCGUUGCCAUGGCUCAGAUUCUUGCUGGCUAUUUGUUGGAGCUAACAGUUUCUUGCCAUGUGGACCUCUGUGUGGGGCCAGCCCAGGUGAGAUCUGGCUUCCCUGAGGUGGGGGGCGGAUAGAGAGAGAGAGAUCAAGAGAGAGAGAGGGGAGAACAUCACAGUCUUUGGUAACUAAUUGUGGAAGUGAUAUCCUGUUACUUUUGCCAUAUUCUAUUCAUUAGAAGUAAGUCACUAGGUCCAGCAAUUCAAGGGGAGGGGAAUGCACAAGGGAAUGAACACAAGGAGGCAGGAUCAUCUUAGAGGCUGCCUAUUAUGGUGGUAGAAACAGACCCAUAGUAUUUGCAUUUGGAAAUCACUUUUUCUGAUUAAAUAUGCUUGGCUGUUAGUCAUUUUAUAGUCUUGCUUUUAAAGCUAUUAUGCUAAUGAGGUUAAAGCAGAAAUCAGAAUGAAAAUUUUUCAAUGACACCAUUGGAGGACAUACGUCCCCUGUGCUAGUGUUAUCACUUGAGUUUUCGAGACUUAUAAUAGAUUCUUGUUACAACCUCUACUUUCCUUAAAUGUCAUCUAUUUUAAAAGCUUCAGGUAAAGCCUCUCACCAGUUGUCUGGACAUGUCUAUAUAGAUGGUGUUUCUUUGCUGGGUUUAUUGUAUUUUCCAUGUGACUUUGAGGAGCAGUCUAUGAAAAACAGGAGUAUUUUGCUUUACAGAAGUUAGUUUUUCCUUCAAAAUGGUAAAUAGUAAAAAUAAAACAAUACAAUACACAUAAAUACAAAUGCAGAAUCCGUCUCAUAAAUCCAAAAUAUCCUCCUCUGGGUCACUGGAAGUUUUUCCUUUUAAAGUCACAAAUUGGAGUUUUCAAGUCUUCAUGCACAAUUCAUAUGGUAAGGAAAAAAAAAAGAUGUAUAUGCUAUACCUUACUAGCCAGAUGAGAAAGGCCCACCAUCUUCCCUAUAGUUGAUAGGGUAUGGGUUACAUUAGGUUAUAAAAAUAAAUUGGUUGUAUUUCACAGAGCUUACAAUAAUACUCGGGUUGUCUAAACCUGUAUGUUAUAAUAGGCCAUUGUGGUUUUGGGGAAACCUCUAACCCUCUUUCCUCACUUUAAAAGAGAGACAAAAAUUCACUAACUAUAGUAACUAUCUCCUAAGUUAUUCUGAAGAUUAAAUAAUAAAAUAUAAUCAUGAUAAGGGCCCAGUUUUGUUUAGCUAGCUUUUGAAACUCUAGCGCCCUUUCAACAGUGCUUUAGGCUUCAUAGGUAUUCAGUUAAUUCUUAAUAUCAAAUAAUGUGUCCAGUUCAGUACCUGAUACACAAUGAAUUCUCAGUAAAUGUUGACAAUUGUGAUUAUUCAACAAUAAAAUAGAUUUCUCUAGGUGUCAGCAAGGAUCCUUUAACUGGCAAUAGUCAAGCAGAGGUUUUGAAACACCUAUUAGGAACUGGAAGAGAUUAAUAAAUUAGGAAAUUUAUUGAUGUGCUUGACUUUAAGUCAUGAUGUGUUAUAAUUGCUGUUUCAGAAUUGUUGGGUUAAUAUCUUACCUGUUUUUGAGGAUUACAGUGAUUAGCUGUAAUUUGAAUAUCUCCCCAUGAGCUUCUCUGGUCAAUUGAGGUAAGGAAAUCAGUAAUAAAGACUCAGAGAUCUUAACAUACUAAAAUUUUGGUUUUAGUAUGUUCACUUGUUCAAGAGUUCACUUGUUCAAGAGUUUAGUAUGUUCAAGAGUUCACUUGGCUCUGUCUCCUGUAGAAUCAACAGCUCAAAAUAUUUGAAAGGAAAAAAGAAGUCUGUAAGUUUUCCUUCAAGAUAUAUUAAAUAUUGUAUAUUUUCUAAGCAACAAUGAAGUUGUACUAUUCUAUACCAAAAUAAUUAGUUGAUUCAAUAAGUUCUAAGAAGAGGAUUAAAUCUUUUAACGAAGUUACUUCUCUAAAUAAGCAAUAAAUUACAUCAGAUAAUUACUCAUAGAAUAAUUUUUAACUAGCAUCCAUAAUAGAAAUACCUGCAUUCUAACUCCAGAUUCCCCAUUCAUUACUAAGAGAACUUGAGUAAGUUACUUAACCUUUCUCUAAAGUGAUACCAAUAUUAACAUCUCUCAUAUUAGGGCUAUUGCGACCUUUAUGAAGAAAAUGGAAUUUAAAUGUUUAACAGAAUUCCCCUGCAUGCCAUUAGAUCAAUAUAUAUUAGCUACACAUUUUAGCCUUGUAUUACUAAAUGGACUCAGCCUGAGCUUUCUUUUCUUCUUUAAGCCUUAAGUAUUUGGCUUCAAGUUUGUAUCUCAUUUUCCUAACAGAGGACCAGGAAAGGAAGCAGCAAAGUAAAGUAAGUGAGUCCUUUAUGUCUGACCUUUAGUCCAUUGUUUCAAUAUAUGAUUUCCUAAUCUCAACCCAAGGGAAUAACUAGAACUGACAUGUAUUCCCAGAGUGACUUCCUCCGACAACUCACAGCAGGCUAGAAUAGAGUAGAAUAGGCUGAGUUAAAAAUUUUAGAUUAUCUUCAUUCU